AUGGCUAGUGGCGGCAUCAUUUCGAUCCAGCCCAUCAUCACUAGCAUCGCUGAGCAGCACGUAAACGGCAAGAUGAAGUGGCCAAAGGCACCGCCUUUCUACGUAUGGGCCUGUUUGAUGGCAUCCAGUGUCCCCGUACUCUUUGGUUUGGACACGGGAAACAUUGGUCCUGUGACGACGAUGCCUGCCUUUCGCAAGACCUUUGGUGACUUUUCACCCACCAUCCACGGAGUGAUUGUUUCGUCGGUGCUCAUCUCCGGUGCUUUCACGGCGCUCGUCGCCGGAGUUCUUGCUCACAGGUUCGGCCAGGUCCGCAUCUUCUCAAUAGGGUCUUUCGUCUUUGGUGUUGGAGCGGCCGUUCAAUCUUCUGCUUCCAAUCUCGCUGCUUUCAUCGUUGGACGUCUCAUCCAGGGUGUAGGCGAGGGCCUGUUUGUGAGCAAUGUAUGGGUCCAGGUUUCCGAAAUGUCUCCAACGAGAGUCCGGGGUACAAUGACAGCGUUGCCGCAAUUCACCAUCGUCGUUGGGGUGGUUUCCGGUUUCUUCAUCUGCUAUGGCACUUCUCGUCUUGGGGCAUCGACGUCACUCAGCUGGCGUAUCCCGUUGGCCAUUUCCUCAGCUCUCGGGUUCUUGUUGUCGGGAACAUAUUGGUUCGUGCCGGCCUCUCCACGCUGGUUAUUAGCCAAAGGUCGAGUUGACGAAGCACGCAAUGUCCUCGUUCGACUGGGCUUUGACCAUGUCGAGCGUGAAAAACUGUUGGAGGAAUCCAACAACCAAGAUCAAGCUAACAACCCCGGUGAUGAGACGCUGUGGCAAGGCCUCAAGCAGACGUUUGUGGGAUUCAAGGAGGCCUUCUCAGCACCGUUCCGUGCCCGCACCGUGUUUGGAUGCUUCAUCAUGGGCAUGCAGCAACUCGCCGGAAUUGACGGCAUCUUUUACUAUGCACCGAUUCUGUUCGAAAAGGCCGGGCUAAGUGGUGAACAGGCGUCCUUUUUGGCUUCUGGCGUUUCUGCAUUGGCAAUCCUGGCAGUCACCAUCCCGGCCACCUUUCUGGCGGACAAAUGGGGGCGAAGGACCUCAAGUCUGUUGGGAGGCAUCUUGAUCACCACCCUCAUGCUCGUGAUGGGAUCUCUAUAUGCUGCUGACAAAGUCCAUGCCGACAGAGGAGCUGGCAAAUGGGUGGUUAUCGUGUCGAUUUAUUUGUUCGCCAUUGUGUUCAACGGAACUUGGGCCAUUGGCUUCCGUACGUUUUUGAUGGAGAGCCUGCCGAGGAAGACGAGGAGCAGUGCAUCAAGCCUUGCCCAGAGCGCCAACUGGUUUUCAAACUAUCUCGUGGCCCUCAUCACGCCGGUGCUGAUUGCAAAGUCGACAUAUGGAGCCUAUUAUCUGUUUGCCUUUUCUUCCCUCUUCACCACCAUCAUUGUGGCGCUGCGCAUGGUCGAGACGCGAGGCCAUAGCUUGGAAGAGAUUGAGCAGCGUUAUGUCCAGAGCCGAGGCAUCUCGACAGGCAUGUCGAUGCCAAUGGUGAGGAUAAGGCGCGUUCAAGCCACUCGAUAG